AUGGAUUCAGGGCCAACGGAACUUGCGGCCACCGUUCAGGCCGCAAGCAUUGAACACAACCCCGACCCUGCACUCGACGCCAACCCAUCAACAGCCGCUGAGAGAAGACAACCCGUAACUCUCGAGCACGACCUUGGUAUCGACGACGAUGAUGACGAGGAAGACAUCCCUUACAGUGUGCUCCGACCCGCUCCUCGGCAUUCCAACCUCCCUCCUCUACCAGACCUGCGCUUCGAGCAGAGUUACCUGCGAAGCAUCUCAAAGGCCGAUACUUGGUGGAAGGUGGCGCUCAUAACAACAAGAGACCAGGUACAUACCUAUGGACCGAAUACUCGAGUUACCUACAUUUUCUAA